AUUAUGCAUUUAAGACCUUUAGUUGUGAAUCAUUAUCUUACUGACUGAAGCUAAUUUAUUACUGUUGAUUGCUACUGGAUUGUGUAGAGUGUUUGUUACUAAAUUUAUUUCAUAGAUGAAAAGAACUGGAAGAUUUAGUGUUUGUUGGCCAACUAUGAAAAUUUUCAAUUCCUACCCCUCCAUUUUCAUUUUCCAUAUGCAUAUCUAUUUCUACUAUUGAAUUUUUUUUUUUUUUUUUUGGUCUUUAUAUGCAAUUUCUAUUGCUCACAAAAUAUCGCAUUCUAAACUAAUCUAUCCAAUUUUUUUUGACUUUCAUUCACUGUAAAUAUAUGAUUGAUUCCGAAGAGCUUCCAAACAAUCCUUUUUGUUCAAACAAUUUCCAUAUGUGAUUCUCUGGUGUCAGAUAGGGCAAUCUGAGAACAAAGAAGUGGGAAACACAGACAUCUGGCCCCCAAUGAAGUGUUUGGACUGGCAUAAAUGAAGCUCCAAGUGAAAGUUUCCCUUGCUUGUCUUGUUGGCUUGGCCUGGAUUCAGCAAAGCCUUUGUGCAGAUGAUCUUUCUGGCACCUCAGGUGUAAGCAACUGGACAUGCACAUGUUCUUCCUCAAAUCAAGGAAACCAGAGCAAUAUUCUGAAAUCAAACUGUUCUACAUCCUGUGACUGCAAUCCAGUUGGAGGAUCGAGUGGAGGUAGGUGGAGAUGUGUAUGUGCCGCUGAUGGAUUCCCUAAAGUUGCAAUCAACAGCCAUGAUACAACCUGUUUUACCGGCUGCAACUGCACUUCUGGUUCUCUCAGUGUGAAUGAGGCAAAAGCCUCAGGGAAGCGCAUUUCCAGUAAAGUUGUCGUGAUUAUUCUAUUACUAUGUGUCAUAUUCACAACACUUGCGUUUCUUACUUCGGCAAUGUGCUACAUUUAUCGGAAGGACAAGUGCCAUAUCCAAACACCAAAAUUUUCAUCAGAUAAAGAAACAAGUUGCCAUAGUGCUACCAACUUAAUAAAUCACAGGAGUUCUUCAUUUACAGAUAUUAGAGUUGACAUGGGCUCUCCAAUUAAUCUUGUCACAGGGUGCUUUCAGAAUACUUCUUUUUAUAGGAACAAGACAUGCACUAUUCGUGGAACCAUUAUCCAAUUCUCAUACUCUGAAUUGCUGCAUGCAACGGAUAAGUUUUCCAAUUCCAACCUUAUAGGACAUGGAGGAAGCAGCUAUGUAUAUCGUGGUCAACUCAAAGAUGGUAGAAUUGUAGCAGUUAAGAGAUUCAAAACUCAGGGAGGGCCUGAUGCAGAUUCUGUCUUCUCAACAGAGGUUGACUUGUUAUCAAGACUUCAUCAUUGUCACGUGGUUCCAUUGCUAGGCUACUGUUCGGAGUUCCGAGGGAAACAUGCUGAAAGGCUACUUGUUUUUGAGUACCUGCCUAACGGAAAUCUGAGGGAUUGUUUGGAUGGUGUGUUGGGGGAGAGCAUGAACUGGGAUACUCGUGUUGCGAUUGCAAUUGGAGCUGCCAGGGGCUUGGAGUAUCUCCAUGAAGCAGCUGCUCCUAGAAUUUUGCAUAGAGACAUCAAGUCCACAAAUAUUCUUCUCGAUGAGAAUUGGAGAGCGAAGAUAACUGAUCUUGGUAUGGCUAAACGAUUGAGAGCUGAUGGCCUUCCCAGCUGUUCCAGUUCUCCAGCAAGAAUGCAGGGCACUUUUGGCUAUUUUGCGCCAGAGUAUGCGAUUGUUGGAAGGGCGUCUCUUAUGUCAGAUGUUUUCAGUUUUGGGGUUGUCUUACUUGAGCUUAUUACUGGCCGGCAACCAAUCCAUAAAUCAACUAAUAAAGGGGAAGAAAGCCUUGUCCUUUGGGCAACCCCUCGAUUACAGGAUAGUAGCCAAGUGAUAUCAGAAUUGCCUGACCCACGUUUAAAAGGGAGUUUCCCAGAAGAAGAAAUGCAGAUAAUGGCUUACCUAGCAAGGGAGUGCCUGCUGUUGGACCCUGAUGCACGACCAACCAUGACUGAGGUUGUGCAAAUCCUUUCAACCAUAGCCCCAGAUAAGUCCAGAAGAUUAAACAUUCCAGUGAAUUUCUUUCAGAUGUCUUCAACCGGCGCGCCAGUCACAGAAACACCUGACAAUCUAAUAGAGGCAUCCAUAGAUGCACAAGAGCUGGGGCAAGUGGCAUCUAUUAGGUCACCUAGUUGUUCGCCACCAUUGGGGAAUGACCAAAAACUUUGUACAGGAAGCAACAGUAUAGAAGUAGAAACAGUUCCAGCUGAGUAUGUGGAGAGGUUAAUCCUUCUAACGCUGAAAGCAAGGAGUGGCCGUGCUCCAGAUGAUGAAACAGUGGACUUAACUGAGCCUCGAUUCGAGUCAUUCUGCAUGGCAAAUGUUAAGUCUCCCUGACAGAACUACCCUUUAAGGGCAAAUGAUUCUGGAAAAAGCAACGACAAGAACUCAUCCAGAUUAUGUACAUUUGGUUUACAAGUUUUAUUUUGGUUUCUUUUUGCUGCUCUAGGCUGGAGGAGUUUAUAAUAGAGGAAGCAAGGAGGUUUUUCUGUGGACUUGCUUCAUUUUAAUUCUUUUCGGCUUCUUUCAGAAAAAAAAUAUAGUCUCACAUCCACAGGUGGUUUUCACCAAAUUAUCAUGUUUCUAAUUACGUUGUAUCUAUGUACAGAAAAUCAUGGGAAAUUCAAAAUUUAAAAUGUUCAUAAAUGAUAUUGAACAUGUCAAUAUAUAUAUCAGUUAGUCCAUGGAAUAUUUGCAUUAUACGUAAUAGCAAUUUGCUUUGAUUUUGUUAGUAGAAACUCAACUAGUUUGGAAUUAUGGCUUUGUGGAGUUAAACUGAGUUUACUUUGUGUAUCAGAAUGGUAUCGAAAUGUUACUGAGCUCAGUUAGCCAAGAAAUGAACUUCUGAAAUUUCAUAACGUCAAUGGAGGAAAAGAAUACUUUACAUUAGUGAACAAUCAAGGGUCAAUAUGGCUCAAACGCAUCUUUUUUGUUGUUGCUUAUUUUGCUACAAAUCUUGUUCUCUCUUAGGAUAGAACUUGAAUGCUCCAAAAUUAUUAGUUAUUUACUAGUAAAAGUAGCUACGUAUUCAUGUUAUACAGUUUACUUUGCUCAUGUGUUAGCUGGCUGUAGAUCUUGAGAUCUCUCUUUGAAUGGUAGAUACCAGAAAUGGAGGUCUGACUUGAAGACAGGUUGGUGCAAUUUUCAACAUAUAAAAACUUCAACUUGUACAUAACCCAUCUAACUGUCCUCCAAGCAAAGUCUUUUCCCAAAUUAAACUUCUUGGGUCAGCAAUGGAUCCACCUCCGCCACCAAGCACACCACUCCUGCCACCUACCCCCCCUGCUCCGGCUGGAGGAUUUCUGGAAUCAUGCUUGUGGCUCCUGUGCUGCUGUGGUUUGUUCAGAAGCUGCUGUCCUCCACUCUUUGAGCCGGGGCCUCCCCCUCCCUAGACCUAUAUUUCUAGUUUGGAAGCAUUUUAUUUACAUGUAUUUGUGUAAGUGAGCAGGAAAUACAAAAUGAAAAUUGAUUAAUUUUUUUUUUUUUUAGUUUGAUCUAUGUUGAAUAAAUUUGAAGGUUUCCUUGAAAUCUUUUGUAGUGUUGGAUCUUGGAACUUGUGUAUCUUAUUCUUGUUUUAUUUGUAUCAAUUCCUUAUUUCA